UAUGAAUAGCAGCCCCUCUUGCGUUGCGCGUAAGCACAACUUCAGCCCAGCCAAAGCCAACCCUCAUUAGGGUUUUACACGAGCCGUUAUCCUUCCAACCCAGAGAGAGAGAGAGAGCGCCAUUGAUUUCAGUAGUGAUUCUCGAUUCGAAAGCAACGACAAUGGUGGAAACAGAGGCAAAACCCCAGGUCGAAGAUCCUGAAAAGAAGAAGAAGAAAGAAGAAAAGGCCAGAGAGAAAGAAUUGAAAAAGCUUAAGGCUGCACAAAAAGCAGAGGCAGCUAAGCUUAAGGCACAACAAGCAUCUAGUACUUUAAAGACGAGUAAGCGAAAGAACUUAAAGAGGGAGACAGGGGAAGAAAACCCUGAGGAUUUUGUUGAUCCAGAAACUCCUUUUGGUGAGAUGAAACACCUUUCUCAGAAAAUGGCUAAGCAAUACAGUCCGACAGCAGUAGAGAAAUCAUGGUAUGCGUGGUGGGAGAAAUCAGGCUUCUUUGUGGCAGAUUCUUGCAGCUCCAAACCGCCAUUUGUGAUUGUUCUGCCACCUCCAAAUGUGACUGGAGCCCUGCACAUAGGUCAUGCCCUUACUUCUGCCAUCCAGGAUACUAUUAUUCGCUGGCGUAGAAUGUCUGGAUACAAUACCUUGUGGGUGCCUGGGAUGGAUCAUGCUGGGAUAGCGACACAGGUGGUUGUGGAGAAGAAAAUCAUGCGGGAAAGGAAAUUAACCAGACAUGAUGUUGGCCGUGAGAAAUUUGUAUCUGAAGUGUGGAAUUGGAAGAAUGAGUACGGUGGCACCAUAUUGAAACAGCUAAGAUGCCUGGGUGCUUCUCUUGAUUGGUCUCGUGAGUGCUUCACAAUGGAUGAGAAAAGAUCCAAGGCUGUCACAGAGGCUUUUGUUAGACUUUACAAGGAAGAUCUUAUUUAUAGGGAUCUGAGGCUAGUGAAUUGGGAUUGCAUCUUGCGUACUGCAAUAUCUGACAUUGAAGUUGAAUAUUUGGACAUCAAAGAAAGGACACAGUUAAAGGUUCCUGGGUAUGAAAACCCGGUGGAGUUUGGUGUUUUGACAUCAUUUGCUUACCCUCUGGAAGGAGGAUUGGGUGAAAUUGUUGUGGCAACUACUAGAGUGGAAACAAUGCUUGGUGAUACUGGAAUUGCGAUACAUCCUGAUGACCCAAGAUACAGUCAUCUUCAUGGAAAAUUUGCCAUUCAUCCAUUCAAUGGAAGAAAACUUCCCAUAGUUUGCGAUGCAAUACUUGUUGAUCCUAAUUUUGGGACUGGUGCUGUUAAGAUUACUCCAGCCCAUGAUCCAAAUGAUUUUGAGGUUGGAAAGCGCCAUAAUCUUGACUUCAUCAACAUCUUUACUGAUGAUGGGAAAAUAAAUAGUAAUGGUGGUUCAGAGUUUGCAGGGAUGCCACGUUUCAAAGCCCGUGAGGUUGUGACAGAAGCUAUACAGAGAAAGGGCCUGUAUAGAGGUGCCAAAAAUAAUGAGAUGCGCCUUGGCAUUUGUUCAAGAAGCAAUGAUGUUGUGGAGCCCCUAAUAAAGCCUCAGUGGUAUGUAAACUGCAACAGUAUGGCCAAGCAAGCUCUUGAUGCUGUAUUUGACGACAAAAAUAGGAAAAUGGAGAUCAUUCCAAAACAAUAUGCUGCUGAAUGGAAGAGAUGGCUUGAGAACAUUCGUGAUUGGUGUAUCUCAAGGCAGCUUUGGUGGGGUCACCGUAUUCCUGCAUGGUAUGUGACUCUUGAGGGUGAUGAAUUGAAAGAACUUGGUGCAUACAAUGAUCACUGGGUGGUUGCUAGAAAUGAGGAAGAGGCUCAAACAGAGGCUAACCGAAUAUUUCCUGGGAAGAAACUUCAGAUGUCUCAAGAUCCUGAUGUCCUGGACACCUGGUUUUCUUCUGGUCUUUUUCCGUUAUCUGUAUUAGGUUGGCCAGAUGAUACAAAUGAUUUGAAGGCAUUUUAUCCAACUUCAGUUCUUGAAACUGGGCAUGACAUUCUCUUCUUCUGGGUUGCCCGUAUGGUGAUGUUAGGAAUUAAGCUGGGAGGUGAUGUACCUUUCACAAAGGUUUAUUUGCAUCCCAUGAUCCGUGAUGCACAUGGACGGAAGAUGUCCAAGUCUUUGGGAAAUGUUAUUGAUCCUCUUGAAGUAAUAAAUGGAAUAACCCUCGAAGGUCUUCAGAAGAGGCUAGAGGAGGGUAACUUAGAUCCAUUGGAAUUGGAAGUUGCGAAAGAGGGACAAAAGAAGGACUUUCCUGAUGGUAUUUCUGAAUGUGGUGCUGAUGCUCUUCGUUUUGCCCUUGUUUCUUACACAGCACAGUCUGAUAAAAUAAAUCUGGACAUCCAAAGGGUUGUUGGGUAUCGCCAAUGGUGUAAUAAACUUUGGAAUGCUGUGCGAUUUGCCAUGAGCAAACUAGGAGAUAAUUACACCCCUCCAACAAAUGUGGUUCCAGAUAUCAUGCCAUUUAACUGCCAGUGGAUUCUCUCCGUGUUGAACAAGGCCAUAUCAAAAGCUGUGACAUCUCUGGACUCGUAUGAAUUUUCUGAUGCUGCUACUGCAGUAUAUUCAUGGUGGCAGUUCCAGUUGUGUGAUGUGUUUAUUGAAGCCGUCAAGCCUUACUUUGCCAGUGAUGCUGAAGCAUUUGCUUCUGAAAGGAGUUAUGCACAAGACACCUUGUGGGUGUGUCUGGAUAAUGGGCUACGGUUACUUCAUCCAUUCAUGCCUUAUGUCACUGAAGAAUUGUGGCAGCGCCUUCCUUCACCAAAGGAUUGUACAAGGAAAGGAUCAAUUAUGAUUAGCGAGUAUCCAUCAGUAGUAGAGUGCUGGACAAAUGAGAAAGUAGAGUAUGAGAUGGAUAUGGUUGAGUCAGCCGUGAAAUCACUCAGGUCACUCAGGGCGUUGAUGCCUGCAAAAGAAAGGCAUGAAAGGCGAGAAGCAUAUGCACUUUGCCGAAACGAUGCAGUUGCGGAGAUCAUUAAAGGCCAUGAACAUGAGAUUUCUACACUUGCCACUUCAUCAUCUCUAAAGUUUCUGAGAGAGAUUGAUGCUGCUCCAGUUGGAUGUGCCGUGUCUGUUGUAAACGAAUCUCUUUCUGUUUAUCUCAAGCUUCAAGGAACUCUUAAUGCAGAAGCAGAACGUGAAAAGCUCAGGAAAAGGAUGGAAGAUAUACAAAAGCAACGGGACAACCUAACAAAGAUGAUGGAUGCUUCUGGCUACCAAGAGAAGGUUCCUACCCAUGUUCAUGAAGAGAACGUAGCAAAGCUUUCGACGCUCAUGCAAGAACUUUUGUCUUUUGAAGAAGCUAGCCAACAUCUGGAACGUGAAAUUGCAGCAGCAGAAGCAUCAGCAAAUGAUGACAAUUGAACCUCAAAUUCAUGUAUUCUGAUUCAUGGGCCUUGUGACAUUGCAAAGCCUCAAGAGAAGUGAGUGGUUGAAUAUUUGUAUUCACUCUGAUUUAAAUUUGUAUUCCCAUUGUUGUUGAAUGUGAGCUUUUUCUGAUUUUUAUCAGAAUGGUGAUUUUGUCAUACUCCUAUUUUUGACAGGGAAAACAUGAAUCUAAUCAAAAUACAAGUUGUCUAUUGUUGUUGGACAUGCUUGUGUACAAGGUGCACAGCACAGGCCUUGUUUGGGAUUUUGAAUAUUUUUUAGUGAUUUUUAAAGUAGGUCUUGUUAUUUUCUUUCUUGGAUGUUGUUUGCUUUAUAUUACUAUAACUGCUUUUCA